GCUCGGCGCACACUAGCGCGACGAGCGACCCGAGGACGGUCGCCACCCAACCCAAUACCCAUUCACGUUUGACGUUUCCCGUCAUUCUUCAGUUGCGCACCGCACGAACUAUACUACGCUCGCCGCCGGACGAAAAUGUUUCUCGCGUUCUAGUGAGCUGAGGUUUCAAGUGACAGUGCUAUAAGUGAUUCAACAAACAACUCUUUCUGUCCCAAUCGAACGUUUUAUUCGAAAAGGAUGAUGGCUCCCGAGACAGUAGUGACCGUAGAUCACAACAAGCCCGCUCCACAACAAGCGCCGCCGCAGCAGCAGCAAAGCGGAGCGCUGGAUUGGAUCAAAAUCAACGUAGAGUAUUUUAAAACCCCGCCUGGCAUACUGAAAAUUAUUCAGUUGGUUCUAGGCAUUUUAUGCAUGGCGUUAGGAACACCAUGGGCAUCCGCGUGGUUUGUCUUUGUUGCAGUCACGUCAUUCAUUACGACUCUCAUGUGGAGUUUCGUCUAUUUCCUCAGCAUCAGAGAAGCGCUCAAGAUACCUAUUAACUGGGUACUCUCUGAACUCAUCAGCACGAGUAUAGAGACGCUGUUCUACUUCAUCGCAUUCAUUGUGAUGUUCACAACCCUUUAUGGCAACUAUGGCCGCAAUGUCGCCGCUGCUGUUUUCGGUAUAUUCAACACGCUGGCGUACGCAGCCAGCUCCUACUUCCUGUACCAGGAGCACAGGACCAGCAGCAGUCCGGCGGGCACGGCGUGAAAGAAUUGGGCUGCACUGGCUCAUCGUCAGAACAAUAAAUAAUUGUUGUUUUUAAUUUUAUUACACGAAAACUUUAUCUUUUGUACAGUCGUUGAAUGCAAAUUAUAAUAAAUAAUUUUAUUUUCGACGAAUAUUGUCAAAAUUAAUUUUAUCCUAAACCUACGUUUAGAGACAAUCUAAUAUAUUUCAAAGUUUAAUAUUAUUUUAUAUUGUAUUGUAUAGGUGAUAAGUAAAAAUUUAACGGCCAUAAAUUGAAUGGGCACUGUAUUUUUUUUCUAUCAUUAUUUGGGUCAAAUUAUUUCCUAUGUAUCGUUUCUACCUCCAUUAAAUUAUGUAGGUAUGUGCAUUGAUUUUCUUGCUUGUAUUUUAUAUUUGUAUAUGUAUUUUUUAUAUACUACUAUUUAAAGGGACAAUGCUUGUAUUAUUUUACCUAGACGGUAUAAGAAUUGAGUUAUUAAGUAGUAAGUCAUACCUGCAGUUCCAAAAGCAAGUAUAAGCUGUUAUGAUGCGUAUAGCUGUUAUAUUAUUAUUUUGAAGGAGACAUGAUGUAAGCCAUUAUGGAAUUAAAUUUAUACGUGUCCACUGUCCAUAUACUUAACAAAUAUUAGGUGACUGAGAUUUAUAUUCAUUAAGUGAAAAUGGGAUGUGUUUGUGGUCUGAUGUAUCAUUUGCAUGUAUUAUAAUUACAUUAAGAUAAUAUCUCAAUUUUCACUGUAGGUAUUAUUAAGUUAAUUACGACAUUCGGUGUUUAUUGCUAAUUUUAUGUACCUAGGUAUUUGUGUCAACCAUUGUGAGUGCACGAUGGAUCAUACCUGUAAGUAGGUAGUUAUUGCAUAUUUUUUGUUAAUAAAGCUAGUCUAAUUGUAAAACUCUGUAUAAUUUCAAACUUUUCUAUAUUAUUUUUGUUCGUCUAGUUUAAAUAAUUUCAUUUUGUAUCUAAAACUUAACAUUUCUCUAUGUGAAAUAUAAAUUUUACGCACCAUGAUAUUAUGUAUCUAAGAUACCUAUCGAUAACUCAGACAUAACACGUUAACAAGAUAACUCAAGUUUUGUAAGUAAAGGACAUUUUCUAAAGCUUCUAGAUGACACGGGCUAUAAAAUACAGAUAGGUACACAUACAAAUUUUUGAACUUGUGUAAUUUUAAAUCUACACAUUUUUAUGGGAAUCUGUGGAUAACGGGCAUAGAUAUUGUUUCUAGAACGUGUCUAAAAUUUAAUUAAGUUAAACGAGAAUCAAACUACGUUUGUAUCUGUUUUUGUUGUUGGAUGCAUAACAUCAUUAACAUUAAUUUAUGAUGGUACCUGCCAUCUGCAAAUUCCACAGCUAUCCACCUUAUACUUUGCACUACCAACUACAAAAAUAUAAUUAAGUCACAUCUUUGUGCACUGCAAAUUGGCAGUUAAGUAUGAUAUGAGUAAAGCAAAUAAAAUUCAUAAGUAAUGUUAUCGAUAUGAUUUUUCUUAAAAGUAAAAGUAAAGUUUCGUAAAGAAUUGGACAAUCACAGAGAUUGGGGCCCAGUAGGUAUUACUAUGAAUUAUGUAUAAAUAGGCUGCGAUCUAGUUAUAAACGGUACUUUGACUUUGCUCAGACUUAAGUUUCAGUUAAAACUAUAGGUACCAAUGAUAUAACGAUAUAACGUUACAGUGCCAAGCAUAGCUCAAGGCACCAAACAAAAGACUGAGCAAAGACAAAGAACGCUUUAUAGAUCUCGGCAAAAGUGUGGCCCAUACACGGACAUCUUAAGGUGUUGAUCUUUGAACAGCAAUAGGCCACGAAAAAAAUUAUGUAACGAUUAUAAGUACAACACCGUAAGUACCUACAGGGACACCGUAAGUAACUGCAAGAAGUUGACAAUUCAACAACAAUCAGUAAAUCAACCAUUAUGACAGUAUGGUCUAAAGACCAAACAAGUUUGUUAAAAAUGGCAACUAUAACGGUUGUUAGGUGGUUUAUUUAAAAAUAUCGAUGUUAUUUUGAAAAGAAAAUUGAAAGUUUAAUAUGUCAAGAUUUUUCAUUAAUUAGAAAGGUGCAUACAAGAUUUUUACCGUAAGUAGGUACCUACUUUGUGUAAUUUUUAUAUUCUUUACGACUUUUUUAUAAAGUUAAGUAACUAUAAAAGUUGUGCAGUUGUUGUUAAAUUAUGAAAUACGAGUAUGUAAGUGAAUUUCGUACUAAGUACCUUAUGUCAGAGAGUAAAAGGUUAUAAUUUAUAAAUUAUAAUAUUAUACACAAUAGUUUAAUUUAACUAAUAUGUAAAGGUUUAAUAAACACGUGUUAACAUUUA